AUGAGUUUCUAAAGACCACCAACGUCCACAACCAGAGACGUUUCUUCAAGUAUUUUUGGAUAAAGUCACUCAGAGUGGCAUACUCCGAAUAAAGACUUGGAUUGGAAUCAGGAAAAAUAUAUGAGAUAAUUGAAUGAGAUCAUAAUUGAACAGAGUGAAUCUCCAAUUCAAGAGAAACAACAAUAAAAUUAAACUUAGCAAUAUUAGUAGAUAACUUUUGCUGAAAUAAUCCAAGCAUUUAGAUUAAAUGAAAGUUAUUAUUAAGUUCGCAACAAAUCUAAAUGCUCUUGCUUUGGUUUUUCAUCUAGUGUAUCAACAACUGAUUAGGUUAAAUAAAAGUUCAUUCAAUUAGGAAUGGAUUAGUUAAAUCUUAAAAAUGAAUAUCAUAGAAAUACUGUCUAUUCUAUACAUUGUCUACUUAAUAAUACUGAAAAGGCUAAUGAAAACCAGUUAAAGAUGAUGACAAAAUACACUACAAAGUAUUUUUAAUUGAUGCAAUUUCUAUCCUGUCUAGAAUUUGAAACCCCACAAUUUUAAUUAUUGUAUAAGGAAUCAGGCGAAUUAAUAAUAGAGUUAGUAAUGUAUGUUGGGGAAAUGGUAUUCGAAUAAUUAUUGAGUAAUAAAUUAAACAAAUUAAUCUAAAAGGAGUCAUCUCAUUUACUAAUUAAUGUACUCAGAAAUUAUUAGACCAGUCUCAUUUUCCAUAUAUACAAAGAAAUUAAAAUAUCAAAUCCUCCACUUCAACUUUUAAUAAAACAAUAUGAAAAAUCUGAUCCUCAUUUAUCUUACAAUUGGUAUAUCAAAUAGAAAUAACUUAAUAAUAAUCUAUUCUCAGAUUGA